AUGCGUCUCGGAAUUUGGGCUGCCUUCGCCUUCUUGAGCGUCCCAGCGUUCGCUUCCCAACCAGGUGCAUCCAACCCACUCGAAGCACCACUCCGGGAUCUCCAAUUCGGGCAGCUCAAUUUCCUUCAUACAACUGAUACUCAUGGGUGGCAUGCUGGACAUCUACUCGAACCCUCAUUUAGUGCGGAUUGGGGGGAUUAUGUUGAUUUCGCAGACAGACUGCGCGAGAGGUUGGAAGCGGAAGGGAAGGAUCUGUUGAUCGUUGAUACGGGCGACCGCAUUGAAGGAAAUGGUCUCUAUGAUGCCUCGGAGCCCAAAGGACGUUACACAUUUGACAUCUUCAGUUCGCAGCACAUGGAUAUCAUAUGCUCUGGCAAUCAUGAGCUGUACAAGCAAAACUCCUCUGAAAACGAAUUUCUGAUCACAGCCCCCGCCUAUGCUGACAGUUAUCUUGCUUCAAACCUCGACAUCGUCGAUCCCGAGACUGGGGAGCUUGUACCACUUGCUCCGAGAUUCAAAUCGUUCACCACAAAGAACCAAGGAAUACGUAUCAUUGCAUUCGGUUUUCUCUACAACUUUGAUCGGAACUACAAUAACACUGUAGUACACAGAGUGGAGAAUACUAUCAAAGAGCAAUGGUUCCAGGACGUGAUUCGCCGUCGCGAUGUCGAUCUAUUCGUCGUCACUGGGCACUCCGCCAUCCGCUCCGAAGAGUUCAAAGCAAUAUACACGGCUAUUCGAUCGGUCCAGUGGGACACUCCCAUCCAAUUUUUUGGUGGUCAUUGGCACGUCAGGGAUUAUAAGAAGUUCGACAGUAAAUCCUAUGGACUUGCCAGUGGUCGAUUCAUGGAAACGAUAGGGUUUCAGUCUAUUAGUGGUCUGGCGACCAACGUCAGCUCUGCGAGUUCUAUAUCAUUUUCCAGGAGAUACAUCGACAACAAUCUAUUUUCCUUGUAUCACCAUUCUGGACACAACUCGUCUUCAUUUCAUACCGCUCGAGGUCAACAUAUCUCCAAAUCAAUCCAGGAGGCUCGCAAAGGACUCAAUCUGGACGAGACGUUCGGCUGUUCAGACCGUGACCUCUGGAUGGAUCGAGUCAGAUACCCAAGCAACGAUAGUGUCUUCAGCUGGCUGGACCAACAGGUUUUCCCUGGGGUUGUCAACGACAGCCGUCGUAACGACAAGCCGAGACUGGUACUCACUAACACUGGUGCCAUUCGCUUCGAUGUCUUCAAAGGCGCCUUCACCAAGGACACCACUUAUAUCAUGUGCCCUUUCACCAGUGGGUUCCACUUCCUCAAGGAUGUCCCCUACAAUCGGGCAAAACAUCUCCUCCAGCUUCUCAACAGCGGUGGAGAAAUCUUUGAACAAGUUGACCAGUCUUUGGCCAUGUGGAAAAUGAAGACCCCUCAACAAUUAGGAAGCCAUCUUGAUCGACAUGGUGCCCAGCAAAUGGCCAGUCCGCAGGAGCAUGAACAGGUUGCCCUAUCAAGCCACCGUGACUUGAAUCCCGGCUACACAACUGUCGAUGAUGCCGGCCGGGAUGGUGAUGACACCAUUCACUCCCCUAUCUCGUUCUAUCGACAGCCCAAUUGCAUACAAUCCUUGAUCAACUCCCAGAACAUUGAUCUGGAAGACGCCACUGUGGAUGUGGUGUUCAACGAGUUUAUUCAACCUUGGAUACUCCUAGCUCUCAAGUUUUUGGGCCUGGAUUAUUCCGAAAAUGAUGUGGACAAAUACAUGCCUGAUGAUAACAUGACUACACUUAUUGCAAGAUGGGUUAGUGAGAAUUGGGGGAGCAAAUGUUAA